UUUUCGCGCAUUAAUUUAUGGCAGGUUGUUAGGGAGGUACAACACUCGAGGAAUGGGGUCGUAGUGAAAACAGAGGAUGGUUCCGUAUACGAAGCUAAUUAUUUGAUCGUGUCUGCUAGUAUUGGAGUUCUCCAAAGCAAUCUCAUUUCCUUCAAGCCCUCUUUGCCCAGAUGGAAAACCGAAGCAUUACACAAAUGCGAUGUGAUCGUGUACACGAAGAUCUUCCUCAAGUUUCCGUACUGUUUCUGGCCUUGUGGUCCGGGUAAAGAGUUCUUCAUCUAUGCACAUGAACGACGAGGCUACUACACAUUUUGGCAGCACAUGGAAAAUGCUUAUCCAGGCUCCAAUCUUCUCGUCGUGACGUUGACCAAUGGGGAAUCCAAGCGUGUGGAAGCUCAGUCCGAUCGUGAGACUCUCAGAGAAGCAAUGUCUGUUCUAAGAGACAUGUUUGGUCCGAACAUACCCAAUGCCACAGAGAUUCUCGUCCCAAGAUGGUGGAACAACCGGUUCCAACGCGGCAGUUACAGCAAUUACCCGAUUAUUUCCGAUAACCAGCUCGCUAAAAACAUUAAAGCCCCGGUUGGCAGGAUUUUCUUCACUGGUGAACAUACGAGCGAGAAGUUCAGCGGAUAUGUUCAUGGUGGAUAUCUCGCAGGUAUCAGCACGAGUAAAUCGUUGUUGGAAGAGAUGGAGGAGAAAGAGAGACGGAACGAGAACUCCAGCUUCUUGUUAGAGCCAUUGCUUGCCUUCACCGAGUCGCUAUCUUUGACGACGCAGACCGACUCCAAAGUCUCGAACCUCCACAAAUGCGACAUCCCGAACCAGUUUUACCUCAGCCAAAAGCUCGGAAUCCCCGAGGCAAUCUUAUGACUAGAUGAACCUGAGCUCGACAACGUUUCUGACUAUUAUAUCGGCCAUGAUGAUCGUGACACCGGAUACAAACUGAAAGGAAACAUCGAUUGGAAACAAAGGUCGGAAUGGGUGAACAACUUUCCCGAAACCCGCUAUUGAAGAUGUAACGAAGCUUGCUGCAAAGAGAGAAUGACGGGAUCGGAAAGACCUAUAAGUCGAUGAAAAAUUCUCGGGAAGCCUUCCGGAACUUAGCAGUGCUAAUAACCAGCAGCUGCAAAGAAGGCUCUAAGGUUUGCUCUAUUCUUUGGGUGAGAGAGAGAUAGAAAAGAGUUGCAUUGCAUACCCAACUUCGAAAUUUAUUGCAAUUCGUACGAAGCAGCUUAACAGGUAUGAUUUGUCGAAUUAUAAUAUAGGUACUUAUACAGAAGGUUUGCCGUUUGCUAUUCAACCAUACUUGAACUAAAGUGCAAUUGUAAGAAAGCGACGACUUGUUUCAUGCAUGAACAUGAAGAACCUUUUCCAGUUAUAGGUGUCUGUAUUGUCUCCA